GCCAUCUUGGACACCAGCACAACUCUCCACCUCGCGUUUGCGCAGCCUCUACCCACUCCCGGCAAGCCUGUCAGGGUCAGCGGGUUCCAGCGACACCAUGGCAGACACAAAGUGCGUCAAGUGUGGGCCUGGCUACGCCACCCCUCUGGAAGCCAUGAAAGGACCACGGGAGGAGAUUGUCUACCUGCCGUGCAUUUACCGGAACACAGGCAUUGAAGCCCCGGAUUAUCUGGCCACUGUGGAUGUGAAUCCCAAGUCCCCUCAAUAUUGCCAGGUCAUCCACCGGCUGCCCAUGCCCUACCUGAAGGACGAGCUGCAUCACUCAGGAUGGAAUACCUGCAGCAGCUGCUUUGGCGACAGCACCAAGUCCCGCAGCAAGCUGGUGCUGCCCUGCCUCAUAUCCUCCCGCAUCUACAUAGUGGACGUGGCCUCGGAGCCCCGCGCCCCAAAGCUGCACAAGGUCAUCGAGGCCAAGGAGAUCCAAGACAAGUGCAAUCUGAGCUACCUGCACACUAGCCACUGCCUGGCCAGCGGGGAGGUCAUGAUCAGCACCCUGGGAGACCCCAAGGGCAACGGCAAAGGGGGCUUCGUGCUGCUGGAUGCGGAGACUUUUGAGGUGAAGGGGACAUGGCAGCGGCCUGGGGGUGAGGCACCCCUGGGCUAUGACUUCUGGUACCAGCCUCGACACAAUGUCAUGAUGAGCAGUGAGUGGGCGGCACCCAACGUCUUACGAGAUGGCUUCAACCCUGCCGAUGUGGAAGCUGGGCGCUAUGGCAGCCACCUGCACGUUUGGGACUGGCAGCGCCGGGAGCUGGUGCAGACCUUGACUAUGAAGGAUGGGCUCAUUCCCCUGGAAGUUCGCUUCCUGCAUGACCCGGCCGCUUCCCAGGGCUUCGUGGGCUGCACCCUCAGCUCCACCAUCCAGCGCUUCUACAAGAACGAGGGAGGCUCUUGGUCCGUGGAAAAGGUGAUCCAGGUGCCACCCAAGAAGGUGAAGGGCUGGAUGCUGCCCGAAAUGCCAGGCCUGAUCACGGACAUCCUGCUGUCACUGGAUGACCGCUUCCUCUACUUCAGCAACUGGCUGCACGGGGACAUCCGGCAGUACGACAUCUCCAACCCACAGAAGCCCCGCCUCACUGGCCAGAUCUUUCUAGGGGGCAGCAUUGUGAAGGGAGGCCCAGUGCAAGUGCUGGAGGACCAGGAGCUCAAAUGCCAGCCAGAGCCCUUGGUGGUCAAGGGGAAGCGGGUGGCUGGAGGCCCUCAGAUGAUCCAGCUUAGCCUUGACGGGAAGCGUCUCUAUGUCUCCACGUCGCUCUACAGUGGCUGGGACAAGCAGUUCUACCCUGAUCUCAUCAGGGAAGGCUCCGUGAUGCUGCAGGUUGAUGUGGACACAGAUAAGGGAGGGCUGAAGUUGAACUCCAACUUCCUGGUGGACUUCGGGAAGGAGCCCCUUGGCCCAGCCCUAGCCCACGAGAUCCGCUACCCUGGGGGCGACUGCAGCUCUGACAUCUGGCUCUGAAGCUUCCCCCACAUGUCCUCCUACCCCUGCACCCCAACUCCACA